GGUGCUCUCACUCGCGGGAACAGGAGGCGCGCUCGCUAUAGGUGAAAAUACUAAGUUCACCACUCAUCAGGUCGUCCGCAUCACCUGAAAGGUCUUGUACUCCUCUCCGGCACGCAGAGUGUUCAUUCAAGGGCCAGAUCGAGCAAUCAUCUAGAACACACGCUACCAUGCUGCGGCAAGGCAACCGUUCAUUUUUGCAGCCUCUGAUCCGAGAGUUGUCGACGGCCGCCCCCUCACUGGCUCCACAUGCCGCAUUGCCGUCUCGUCUGCGGGCAUCACUCGCGUCAAGCUUGAGAGGCCCUAAUGCUAGUUCGAGGCAGUGGUCCUCCUGUGGCAGCUCCUCGCAAACGAUUAAACAGACUGCCACGAGCAGAUCUGGGCGCGGACCACUGUUUGCCUCCGGCGUUGGCGGGGUAGCGCUGCUGCUCGUCACGCUCGUGUGGCAAGCGCAACAUCCCAUCUCACUCGAUGCUACUGCCUCCUCAUCUUCGACUCUUCCAACAGAGUUGUAUGGUUCAUUCUGUACAGAUUCAGCGACAGGCACACCCGUGCCGCUGAUCCUCUCGCCCCCGCCUGUGGCCCUCGCCUCAACGCCGACGGGCAAGCUACGUCUGGUUGGCCUGGGUGUGCGCACCGUCUCCUUUCUGCGCGUACGAGUGUACGUCGCCGCACUUUUUGUCGAUGAGGCUGCAUGGUCGGAAAAGGGCGCUUUGCACAAGGAUGGUGACCUAUGGAGGAACUUUGAGCAGGGAAGGUUGCUGGACAAGAGCAAGGGCAAAGCGAGAGGCGGUGUCGAGGGUGAGGAGUUCAUGCGAAUGUUGAUGGACGCAGGGGUUCCGUGUGUCAUUCGGAUCAUCCCUGUCCGAUCGACUGACUUUGCUCAUCUGCGAGACGGCUUCACGCGCGCGGUGCAAGCGAGGCUGAAAGUGCUACGCAAAUUGUCACCGCAACUUUUGACUGCAGAAGUAGAUGAGCAUCUCUCCGCCUCGAUCCAGCACCUCAAGUCAAUUUUCCCCAAAGCAUCCUUGCCGAAAGGCGCCGCGCUCGACCUGGUCUUUGCGCCGGCCGAGCCGGCGACCAGCGUGAGAGCGGGCAGGGGUAGCGCAGCCCAGCAAGGCGCACGGAUGGCACUAACGCUGGAAUACGGAGGAAAGCUGCUCGGGCGCGUCGACCCCCCUCCAUCUGAUGUCACCGCAGGCAAGCAGAACAUGUUGAGUGUCGCUUCUGAGCUCUUUCUGGCCUACUUUGCCGAUAAGGAUGCGAUCUCUGCACCGUUCAAACAGUCGGUCGCGGAAGGCUUAAAGUCGAUCCUCUCAGGCGAAGAGCAUGUGCAGUAAUGCUCAUCAUGCCAAUACAAUUGCCCUUCUUUCUCUGGUUGGCGAGUCUUCUGAGCGGUUGGAAGUCCAGCUCUGACUUGCCCCUAUAAUACACGAUUGUACGCGUGGCCAUUCAAGUGCUUGAGAGUAUUUCAGAAAAAGUGGUGAGCCUGCGUCAUGGGUAAUGUGUUGGCUGGCGGUACCUGGCACAGCUGGCCGUCGGCGUGUACGUCAUAC